UGGAAUUACGGUUUUACCUCAAGCUCUGUCACUCCACAGUCCCCCCCGCAUGGCGAUUGGUUAGCUAGAAAAACCCCAUUUCUUCAUUUAAAUUUGCCUUCACAUUUUACACUCAUCCGCCGACUGUUUCUCCUCUCCUUCCUUACAUAGGGUUUCUCUCUCGAACCCUCCAUUCUCUUUCUCUCUCAUACAUCUUCUUGUCUCUAAACUCCACUGGUUUGUCAAAGAAGCUGCAUAUUCAACACAAUGCAGGCCCUUAAGGGUAAUUGGAUAGGCCAGACAAUUGUCCAAGCUAAGUACAAUGAUUCUGGGGAGAGAAGAUCAAGGAUUCGUCGCUCGAAAGAGGAGAGGAAAGCAAUGGUUGAAUCUUUCAUAAAGAAACACCAGGUAUUAAACAGCGGAAGCUUCCCAUCACUUAAUCUUACACACAAGGAAGUCGGUGGAUCUUUCUACACUGUACGCGAAAUUAUCCGCGAAAUAAUCCAAGAAAACAAGGUCUUGGGUCCUGCAAAGCUUACUGAAGGGAUGAACCAAGAAAAUAUCUUGGAACACUAUCCAUUUGGUUCAAUUGCAAUUCAACCCGAACUCGAUUCCUUUUCACUAGAUGCAGCAGAAAAUGAACUUCACAAGAAACCCAACUAUGCCUAUAAUUUGAGUGAAGAACAUCCUUUCAAUACCAAUCUUGAGUUUGAUGAAUCUGAACGUUGGAUGCCUGCUGCCAAUGAGAAUAUAAGUACAAGCAGUCUCUUAAUGGAGAAACAUGCAGAUGAAAAAGAAGUAAAUGAAAGUUUGGAAAUGGAAAAUAUUUUAGAGGUAUCAGUAAUCUCAGAAGAUGAAGCAAAUGUGAGGGAAAGCUUGACUAUGACGAUGGAUACACAAGUUGGAAAAAAUUUGGAGAAAUUAGGAGCUGAAUUAGAGGAUAAAGAAUUAGAAGUUGUAGUAGGAUCAGGCAGUCUCUUAAUGGAGAAACAUGCAGAUGAAAAAGAAGUAUAUGAAAGUUUGGAAAUGGAAAAUAUUUUAGAGGUAUCAGUAAUCUCAGAAGAUGAAGCAAAUGUGAGGGAAAGCUUGACUAUGGCGAUGGAUACACAAGUUGGAAAAAAUUUGGAGAAAUUAGGAGCUGAAUUAGAGGAUAAAGAAUUAGAAGUUGUAGUAGGAUCAGGCAGUCUCUUAAUGGAGAAACAUGCAGAUGAAAAAGAAGUAUAUGAAAUUUCGGAAAUGGAAAAUAUUUUAGAGGUAUCAGUAAUCUCAGAAGAUGAAGCAAAUGCGAGGGCAAGCUUGACUAUGACGAUGGAUUCACAAGUUGGAAAAAAAUUGGAGAAAUUAGGAGCUGAAUUAGAGGAUAAAGAAUUAGAAGCUGUAGGAGGAUCAGAAGAAUCUUCCAAAGAUGGAGUAAAUAUCUUGACAAAAGAAAAGAAUUUUGCAGAAUUAGUUGACUUUGAAGCUGAAGUAAACAGAAGAGCAAUAGAGGAAAAUGUAUUAGAAGUAAGGGCAGCUAAAAUGACUUCAAUUGCUUCAGAUUUAAAUGUGGAGACAUUUCCUGUGCCGGUUUCAAAGACAGUAUAUGAAAGAAAUGACAUUACUGUUACUCCAGAACAAGAUUGCGAUGAAGAUGAUGAAAUGAGCUUUACAAAAAGUCCAAUACCACCACAGGAUGAGGACACUCAUUUGGAAGAUAAGAAUAGAGUGCAUGAAAGUGAGGAGGCACAUCUGGGAAUUUCAAAUGGAUAUGCAGCGAGAAACGAUCAUUUGGUUGAAAGUAGCAGUAUAGCUGACCACGAAGCUAAAAGUGCCUUGCAUGUUGAGAUUAAGCCUAUUAGUGGUUCAGAUGGAUUGAACACUCAGACUAAUAGAAGUUCUCAUGAGCAGCCAUUCUUAAAUGAAGCAGUCAACAACCCUCAAAGCAGUUACCAAAAGAUAACACAUGGUGAAGAGAAAGAAAACAUUCCAACACUAGACAGAAUCAAUCUUGAAUCAUGGAAAGGACCGUCCAAGAAAUCUCCUGUUCAACUAAUUAAUGCACCUUUGGUGUUUCUGAAGGCAAUUAUCACAACCUUUAUAAAGUUUUGGACGGAAUAAUGAUGUUUUAGGCUUAGUACUUUUUUCAUUUCCCAUGAGUUCUCUGUUAGAGAUAAAUAGUAUUUGAUUAUCUAUUGGGUGGGAGAAAGGCUUGAUCAUUUUACUCAAUAGAAAGUUUUUGCACAA